AUGCCGCCCUCUCAGCUCAAGCAGCUGAAAGCGUCGCUUCGGGAUAGUGGAGUCGUUGGUCCCCAGCAGUCCAAGAAGCAAAAACGCCAGAACGCAAAAACUGGCGCUGCGGCGCAAAACCGGAACCAGCGCAAUGCCGCUUUACAGGCUAUUCGAGAUCGAUUCAACCCCUUUGAGAUCAAGGUCCCCGCUGCUAGAAGCAAGUUUGAAGCGACCACUCGAGAUGGUAACUCAGCUAAUGCUACACGCAAUAAUCGCCCGGGCGUCACCAAGUCACUGGGCGAGGAAAGGCGCCGAGCAACGCUUUUACAAGAAAUGAACAGCCGGAACAGAGUCGGUGGACUUGUUGAUCGUCGAUUCGGUGAGAACGACCCGACCAUGACCCCCGAAGAGCGGGCUGCCGAACGAUUCGCAAGAGAAAGUCAAAAGAAGAUGCGCAAGGAAUCGAUGUUCAACCUUGAGGAUGAGGAAGACGAGUUCCAGCUUACUCACAUGGGUCAAAACCUGUCAUUUGAUGAGGCCAAUCGUGACGAUUUUGAGAUGGGUGAGAUGGACGACGACAUGAAGGGCGAAGAAUCCGAUGAUGAGGCAACACGAAAGCGCAAACGCUUUAUCGAUGAGGAAGCAGACGAGGAAGAUUAUAUCCACGACCCGGAUGCUGAAGAUCAGCCCGAUCGAAAGAAGUCCAAGGCCGAGGUUAUGAAGGAGGUCAUUGCCAAGUCCAAGUUCUACAAGCAAGAACGUCAGAAGGCCAAGGAGGAUGAUGAUGAUUUACGGGACGAACUAGACCAGGAGCUUCCGGAUCUUUUUGAAGCCUUGCGAGGCAUGAAGGCCCCGCCCAAGCCAGAGCCUGUCCAGCAGGACCUGGAUACCAUGAACCCAGAGCGUGCGGCUAUGCUCCAAGGGCCGGAGAAGACAGAUGCCGAGAAGCAGUACGACCAACGGAUCAAACAAUUGACUUUCGAUAAGCGAUCCGCACCUACGGACCGCACAAAGACAGAGGAAGAGAAGGUUGAGGAGGAAGCUGAAAGACUAAAGAAAUUGGAAGAAAACCGACUCAAGCGAAUGCGUGGUGAACAGUUGAGUGACGAGGAGGAUAACGAGGACGACAAAGAUUCAUUCAUGCAGGAUGAUGACGAAUCAGAGAUUGAUGAUGCGACAGCCUUUGGCCUUCCCACAUAUGAGCCACGGAAAGAGCUGGCUGUUGAAGAUGAGGAUGAUUUCGUCAUUGACGAUGAUCUGGUCGAGACGCGGUCUAACGCCAGCCUCGACAUGGAUGGAAGUGAUAUAGAGGAGGAGGAUCUCUCAGAAGACGACGAAUCGGAGCAGUCAGAACAGGAAGAUGAGCUCAUCAAUGGAAUGUCCCUACCGGCUGCUAGUGCAGCAUCAGCAGCCGUGGCAGCCAACCAAACUUCGGAUGGCAAGUUGGCCUUCACCUACCCCUGCCCAGACGACCAUGAGGCUUUCCUUGAUCUGAUCAAGGGUGUGCCUAGCCAGGAUGUCGCAACUGUGGUUCAGCGCAUUCGUGCCUUGCAUCACCCCCGUCUUCACCCCGAUAACAAGGCUAAGCUGGGUCGUUUCGCUGAGAUUCUCAUUGAGCAUGUUUCUUACAUGGCGAAUCGGGAUGAAGAGCUGUCCUUUGCUCUCAUGGAGAACAUUCUGCGUCAUGUUCACUCGUUGGCCAAGACUCACCCCAUGAACGUCGUUAUGGCCUUCCGUGCUCGCCUUCGUGAGAUCUCCAAUGACCGUCCAUUGAACUUGCUUCCCGGCGAUCUUGCCAUCCUGACUGGCAUCUCGACUGUUUUCCCUACAUCAGAUCACUUCCAUGCCGUCUCAACACCUGCUCAUCUCUGCAUUGCUCGGUUCUUGGGUCAGUGCUCAGCCAACACUCUGUCUGAUCUUGCAACCGGUGCUUUUGCCGCGAGUCUUUUCCUCCAGUACCAGGCAGUCGCCAAGAGAUAUAUGCCUGAGUUCAUCAACUACAUCCUCAAUGCUCUUUGCAACCUUGCCCCCACUGAGCCCACAGCUAAGCUUGGCUUCUUCCCAUCCCGGAAAUGCCAGGACUCUGUUCGACUCUCGCCAUCCAAGAAGGUCACCCCGCGCAAACUUCAAUUCCGUGAUAUCACUACUUCUUCCCAGGCUGAGGACGAGUUGAAGAUCUCUCUUGUGACUACUUUCGUUUCCCUCCUCGAUACCGCCUCGGAUCUGUGGGCUGAAAAGUCCGCGUUCACUGAGAUCUUCACCCCCGUCCAGGCCGUCUUGAACCACCUCAAGCAAUCAUUCAAGAGCAAGAGCCUCUCCGCAGCCCGCGACCCGAUCCAGUCCACACUAGACAAGGUCGCCUCCCACUUGGAUAAAGCCCGUCUCACCCGCCGCCCCCUUCUCCUUCACGACCACCGUCCCCUGGCUAUCAAAUCUGCCAUCCCCAAGUUCGAGGAGAACUUCAAUCCAGACAAGCACUACGACCCGGAUCGCGAGCGUGCCGAGGCCAACCGCCUCAGGGCCGACAUCAAGCGCGAGAAGAAGGGUGCCAUGCGCGAACUCCGCAAGGAUGCCAGCUUCAUUGCUCGCGAGAAGCUGCGCGAGAAGAAGGAGCGCGAUUCCGAGUACGAGAAGAAGUACAAGCGUCUCGUUGCCGAGAUUCAGAACGAGGAGGGUCGUGCUGCCAACGAUUACGAACGCGAGAAGCGGGGACGUCAAGGCAAGCGUUAA